AUGGUCGCUGCAUUGACCGUUCUGCUCGCUGCUCUCCCCGUCGCGCUCGCUUUCUCUGACACUGCGCCAAUCGUUGCAUGGACGUCGCACAGGUCUGCUGCGCUAGAAACUCUCCCUUCGGGCCUGAAAUCAGGCGCAGCGUUGAGCUACCUCCUGGCGAAUAACGGAGCCUGCGAGAGCGAUGCGAUAGUCGUCGUAGAGCACCCUGGGCUGCAUGCUUCAGAUCUCCGAAACCUUUCCCCCAGCUCCCCUCUUUCGCUAGUUCUCCGAGACUCACCAUCGUCGAGACAAUACCCAUAUGUGUCUGUCAGCCCAGACGACGUCUCCGUGAUCGUCGAAACGGUGUCGUCGCGGUGCAAGUCGCGCCUCGUCACGUUCACCCCAGGACAACCUAGCACUACACUCUCUCCCGGUGAAAAAUACGUAAUAAACAUGCGCCUCCCCCACCUCGAGGGUAUGGCUCUCGACCGACACACGUCGCUGUCGCAGCAUAUUGAAUCUCUCUUCGAACUCGAACUCAGCAACAUCGCAGCAUCCUUCCCGAACCACCUCGUGCUCUACUCUGGCUCGACUUCUGCCUUGGAUAAGCGCCAGUCUCCCGCCCAGACCGUGAAAACGGUAGCAGCAGCACCAAGCGGUGGUAUCCUCAAACGCUACCAACUUCUUACCCCAGCACUCAUCUCCGUGCUCCUCGUGACGCUAUUCGUGCUGUUCCCCCUCCUCUUCCUCGGUAUCACGGCGUUGUCGAGCAUACAAAGCCCGCUGCGUGUGGAGGCGCCCAAGGGCUAUAGCGACAGAGAGCGCAAGAAUCAGUAG